UGUAACAACCAUAACUGCCACAGAAGGCAAAAGCUCCUCAGAUUAUGAGACCACAAUGACAGCACCUGGAACUGACAUCAGUCAUGCCGGUGGUACAGAGGUGAUAGGAACUUGUACCAUGGUUCCUUCAGUGCGGAAAAAGGGCCAUGGAAUAACAUCCAACCCAAAGUUUGCCUCAUUCACAGACCCUUUUAACCUGUCCAUCGAUGUCACAAAUAUUGAGGAUGAGGAUGAAGAUGAAAACGACUCGGACUAUGAACCUAGUUUCAGCUUUGAAACAGUCAAAUGGUUUCCGGAUGAUAGCUCAAGAACGCUUAGUCCUAGUUCUAGAAUCAUGAAACUUUAUAGGUGUGUGGCGGUGGCCAUAUACUAAACCGCUGGUGUGCUCAGCCUGUGUUGAACCGGAGGCUACAUGGUGGAGACCUGAUGUUUGCACUAUCAACCUUAACAUCCGGUAAUAACUUUGGAAAGCUUGCUUUAUGGGCAAAGCAUAUGAACUUUAAAAUAAUGUCCAGCACAUCAUUUCACAAAAUGCAGCGCACAUACCUGAUUUCUACUGUUGACGAAUAUUGGGAGAAGCAGCAGAGAGAGGUUCUAAGCAGCUUUGAAGGCCACAAGUUGAUUGUAAUGGGAGACGGACGGAAUGAUUCUCCAGGCCAUUCUGCUCAGUAUUGUUCAUACACCAUGAUGGAAUAUGACAGCAAAAAAAUUUUAACCUUAAGAACACUGGACAAAAGAUCAACGGACCGAAAAUCAACAAACAUGGAGAAAGUUGGAUUCGAACAGGCCAUCCAGAAAUUGACUGACAAUAACAUCGCAGUUGAGGAAGUUGUGACAGAUGCCCAUCUAGGAAUCGGCUCAAUUAUGAAAAAAAAGUACCCAGAAAUCAAGCAUUCACAUGAUAUUUGGCAUGCUGCCAAAAACCUUGGUAAACGUCUUGGAAAGAUUGUGAAGAAGAAAGCAAACCAAAUUUUAAUACCAUGGCUGAAGGACAUUGUAAACCACUUCUGGUUUGCCUGCAGCAAGGCUGACUCCUAUGAAGAAUUUCUGGUAUGUAAUAUUUGUAGCAUAUGGCGCGGAGUUUUACAUCACAUCACAAACAAGCACGAAUGGAUCCUGUCUCAAGGAACUGGAAUAAAUGGGUGUCUUCAUGAUCCUUUAGAUGAAAACGAAGUGCGUGAAAAACCCUGGCUUUCAACUUCAGACCAUGCAAGAGUUUUACAAGACCUGAGUGCUGUGAUCCUGGACAAGAGAUUCUUGAGCAAAGUGUCAUAUUACCUGAAUUACAGAACCACUGCUGACAUAGAAGUGUUCCACCAGUUAAUUUUGAUGUACUGUGCAAAGAGGUUUGCAUAUACACCGCCUGUGUACAGAAUCCGCAACCUAUUGGCAGCUAUCGACCACAACUACCACAGCAACAGACCUCUGAAAACCAACAAAGAUGGAGAAAUAAGGUAUCACAGAUGCUACAACAAAAAAAGCAAGCGCUGGUCAGUCUUUCCAGAGAAAGUAGCCAAGACCUAUGGCUACGUUCCAGAGAUUGCAGAAAUGCUGUACAAAAAACGGAUUAAGGAUAAAGUAGGAAUGGGCAAAAAAAUGGUCUUGGAAGAAGGUGAUCCAAGAAGACUGGCAAAACACUUGGCCCCAGAAUCCCCUCCAUCUACCUCAGCAAUUGUUCAGGCCAAACAGACCAGGUUCAAGAGAAAAUGAAAUUGAACUGAAAAAAGAAGUACUUGGUACAAUAAUUGUUUGAACAGAGCAACAAUAAUGUUGAUAUUAGAUGUAUUGUUUAUGAUAAAUUCUCAAUAACAUUGAUGUCACAUGCAUUGUCUUUCUGAUUUACAUGGAGUAUGAUGUGAGUGAAAAAGUGUAUAUUUAAUAGAUUUAAGCACCACCUUUUUAUGCCUUCAGAUCGAAUGAUCGGGGUAUAAUGUUUUUGGCCUGUCUUUCUGUCUGCCAUCAUGGUAUGUGUGUGUCUGUCUGUUAUUGUACGUGUGUGUCUGUCAUUGUAUGUGUGUGUCUGUCCCUAAUUUUUAUGCCCCCCUUCGAAGAAGAGGGGGUAUAUUGCUUUGCUCAUGUCGGUCGGUCGGUCCGUCCACCAGGUGGUUGUCAGACGAUAACUCAAGAACGCUUGGGCCUAAGAUCAUGAAACUUCAUAGGUAGAUUGAUCAUGACUCGCAGAGGACCCCUAUUGAUUUUCAGGUCACUAGGUCAAAGGUCAAGGUCACGGUGACAAAAAACAUAUUCACACAAUGGCUCUCACUACAACGGAGAGCCCAUAUGGGGGGCAUGCAUGUUUUACAAACAGCCCUUGUUAAACUUUGCCAUAACUUUUGCAAUAUUGAUGAUAGCAACUUGAUAUUUGGCAUGCGUGUCUAUCUCAUAUAGCUGCAUAUUUCGAGUGGUGAAAGGUCAAGGUCAUCCUGCAAGGUCAAAGAUCAAUGUAGAAUAUAUGGGUGGGGGCAUUGUGUUUCACAAACACAGCUCUUGUUGAAAUAUAUAAUAUUCUCAAGUUUGAAAUUUCAUUCUUGUUGUUAAAAAUCUAUUUAUCUGAAAUCAUAAAAAAUAUUAAGACUUACUUGGAUUGCUUGUUCAGGGGAACUUGAUUAGGCAGGUAUCCAUCAAUGAUUUUUACAUGGUUAUGGCCAUUUUUUAACUUGGACUUUUCAUUGUGAACGUUUAAGCCAAGGUCCCUGUCUAGGCAACUUUAAAGUUCUUUGGUUCACAUUAUGUUAUCCACACAAGGGAACACAUUUGUCAAGGCUAGGUAACCCUACAAUUAAUGGUCGCUACUUUUUUUAUCUAACACUGGGAAAAGUGAAAGACGCUGGGAGUAGACGGCUGUUUUAAAGUUGGUGGCAACCUUAAUUAAUUGUUGCUGUAAGGAGUCCCUAUUAGUAAGAUUGAUUUGAUGAAAUGGUGUCAAAUGAUGAUGUACCUUCAGUGCAUUUUUGUGUUUGAGUUAAGGGGUUUCAAGACCAGAGGAUAAAUUAUUUUGUGAAUAAGGUUCAUUGCGAAAGGCAUAUGGUAUUGGAAGAAGCCAGGGCCAGUCAUAUCAAACAUCCUACAACAUUGGCACCAUGCGAUGCAAUUUUUAAAGUGCCAUAAAUAUGUAACCGUCACAUUUAUAAUUACUUUUGUUGCACAUUUUCAAAUUAGCUGUCAAAUAUCCUUUAUAUUUGAAACAAACAGAUCAAAAUAACUUAUAUUUUAAUAUUUCAAAAUUCAAUCGUAAGUUAACCUUGUAGUACUGUCUUUGAUUAGACAGACCCCCAGAUUAGCAAUAGCUCGGGUGAGUUGUGAAUGAUAUUCAUUGGUGUAAUGAUUUAAUAUGUUAUUAAAUAUUUCUGCUUGUAAUUGACAUGAUAUACAGUAAUUAUUUUGUUCUAAAAACAACUCCUAUUUUAUCAUUUAUGUUAGCCUUUAUUGUUGUUGCUUGCCGACUGAAUACAGAAUUAAUUGCAAUGUAUAUUUUGCAACCAUUGUCUUUUGGUUUCUGUGGAAAUGUGUUUAUUUUUUUUUACAUAAUUUCAUUCAAAAUAUAAGUAAAAAUACCGAAGUUCAAACAUAGUUACAUAGACCAUGGAUAUCAAUUAACAUUUUGAACACAUGAGCCAAACUUUUUGUAAAGAUUAUAAAAUAUUUGUUCUAAAAACAUUUGAGCGCAUCACAAAUUUUAGGGGCAAAGGCUACUCAGCUCGAGGUAAUAUUUAUAUCCUUGUAGUAGACAUUAUAAAAAAAUAACAUACAUGUUACCUUUGUUGUAAUUUUGUCAAACAUGCUCUUAGCAUUGAAUCUUAGUAUGCAGCGUUCCAAACAAAACUAGAUAAAAUUACUUUAAUAAGUCAGAAGCAAUUGCAAAGCAGUUUGAUACUUGAAUUUUCUGUCUUAAGUUACUGAAAUUGCAUGUUAUUUGUAAUGACUGUGCAUAUAUACUUAUGUAGUGGUUAACAUGUUGAUAUUCUUACUGCCAAUAAAAAUAAACAAACUUA